UGAUUCCUGUCUCUCAUUCUAUUAGUCCUACUAUCUGCCUGUCCUGCAACCUUGCUGCAUCACUGCACGGGCUCCUACAAUGUUGCUUCUCACUUCUUCAUCUGUGCUUUGAUCCAUCCCUUUGCCCAGAAACUAUUCCAGCGCUCUACGGAUCAAAUUUGUUCAGGCCGUUCUAUGAUUGGUAUCUUUAUGGACCAAAUAUAUUCUCCUAGUUUCGUCUAGAAACAUCACUUAAACUCUCUUCCAGCCUAGUGAAACCCACCUUCUAACAGGAAAAUUCUGCUUGGUUUUGCAUAGUUUGUCUUUCUGCACCCAAGAUCUGUGCAUCCACAAAGCAAACACAACCCCCGUCCGAAGGCAUAUACGCAAAAAAAAAAACUGCAAUACCGAUGACAGAAGUGGCAUUAGCUAUAGCUGGCUUAAGAUUAGCUGCAUCGCCCGUUUUGAAGAAGCUCCUUGCUUAUUCUUCGACGUACCUUGGAGUGGACAUGGCACUUGAGCUCCAUGAACUGGAAGCUACUAUCAUGCCACAGUUCGAGCUGUUGAUUGAAGCAGCAGACAAGGGAAAACACAGGCCCAAGUUGGACAAAUGGCUUGAAGAACUCAAAGAAGCCUUCUACUUGACUGAAGAAUUGCUGGAAGAGCAUGAGUACAACCGCCUCAAGCGCCAAGCAAAGGGGAAGGAUUCUUUGCCGCCCAAUGCCUCCACGAUCGGCAGCACUUUUAUGAAGACUCUGCGUGCUGCAUCAAGCAGGCUGUCCAAUAUGAGCUCUGAGAACAGAAAGCUCCUUCGGCAGCUGCAUGAACUGAAGGCUACCCUGGCGAAAGCCAAGGAGUUCCGUGAACUGCUCUGCUUACCAGCCACCUAUAAUGCAGAGAGCCCCACCAUACCACCAGUUGAUGUUCUUGAGGCCACAUCACUACAACCUAUGAAAGUGAUUGGUCGUGACAAGGAUUGCGAUCAUAUAAUUGAUCGCCUUACCAAGACAACUGCUACUACUGAGUCUGAGUCUAGUACAGCUAUGUACUCGGGUUUGGCCAUUGUUGGAGUUGGAGGCAUGGGAAAGUCCACAUUAGCACAACUUGUUUACAAUGACAAGAGGGUAAAAGAAUAUUUUGAUGUGACAAUGUGGGUAAGCAUCUCACGCAAACUUGAUGUCCGUCGUCAUACACGGGAGAUCAUCGAGUCUGCCUCUCAGGGGGAAUGCCCACACAUUGGUAGCCUUGAUACUCUGCAGCACAAGUUGGCAAACAUACUGCAAGAAUCAGGGAAAUUUCUUCUUGUGUUGGAUGAUGUUUGGUUUGAACCUGGCAGUGAGGGGGAAUGGGACCAACUAUUAGCUCCUCUAGUUUCGCAACAGAUGGGAAGCAAAAUUUUGGUAACUUCUCGAAGGAAUACAUUUCCAGCUGCUCUUUGUUGUGAAGUGUGUCCUCUGGAAAACAUGGAAGAUGCUCAGUUCUUGGCACUCUUCAAACACUAUGCAUUCUCUGGACCAAAAAUCAUAGAUCUGCAGUUGCGCAAAAGGCUUGAAGAUUUUGCAGAGAAGGUUGCUAAAAGACUUGGACAAUCUCCUCUGGCGGCAAAAGUUGUGGGUUCCCAGUUGAAAGGGAAAACAUGUACCAAUGCAUGGAAGGAAGCUCUAAAUAUGAAGAUUAACAAAUUAAGUGAGCCCAUGAGAGCUCUAUUAUGGAGCUAUGAGAAGUUAGAUCCAUGUUUGCAGAGGUGCUACCUAUAUUGUAGCUUGUUUCCAAAAGGUCACAAGUAUGUUACGGAUGAGUUGGUUCUUCUUUGGAUGGCAGAGGGCCUUAUUUAUUCGUACAACCAAAACAAGAGUGUGGAAGAUGUCGGGAGGGACUGCUUCAAGGAGAUGAUAUCUGUCUCCUUCUUUCAACCAGUUAAUGAGAAAUAUCAUGUUAUGCAUGAUCUCCUUCAUGAUCUUGCAGAAUCACUCUCCAAAGGGAACUGCUUCAGAUUGGAAGAUGAUAAGGUGACAGAUGUACCAUCCAGUGUUCGACAUCUAUCUGUUCGUGUUGAUAGUAUAAUGCAACACAAGCAAAGUAUCUGCAAGCUACAUCAUUUACGCACUAUUAUAUGCAUAGACCCCCUAAUGGAUGAUGUAGUUGACCUUUUUAACCAGAUACUACAGAAUUUGAAGAAGUUGCGCGUACUAUAUUUGUCAUCUUACAGUAGUAGUAAGUUGCCAGAAUCUGUUGGUGAGUUGAAGCACCUUCGGUAUUUGAAUAUCAUCAGAACAUUGAUUUCUGAAUUGCCAAGAUCUCUGUGUACUCUUUACCACUUGCAGUUACUUCUGUUCAAUCACAAAGUCGAGAAUUUGCCAGAGAAACUCUGCAAUUUAAAGAAGUUACGGCAUCUUGAAUAUCGUCAGGAUCUAUAUUACAUGCCCAAGAAAGCACUGCCUCAAGUUCCUAACAUCGGCAAGCUAACUUCUCUUCAACAAUUUGAAGAAUUUUCAGUGCAAAAUAAAAUGGGUUAUGGGUUCCUACAGCUAAGUGACAUGAACCAGAUCCGUGGAAGUUUAAGUGUCACAAAUCUUGAGAAUGCCACUGGGAAGGAUCAAGCCUUGAAAUCAAAGUUGUAUCAGAAAAUUCAUCUUCGCAGCUUGCAACUUGUCUGGAGUUGCAAGGAUGACAUAAACUCUGAGCAUAGCUUACAUUUGGAGAUUCUAGAAGGCAUGAUGCCACCGCCUCAACUUGGGGCCCUUAGUAUUCACGGUUACAAAUCGUCAAAAUAUCCAGGCUGGUUACUUGAUGGUUCAUAUUUUGAGAAUUUGGAAUCCUUAAGCUUUGUUGAUUGCAGCAUGGUAGAAAGCCUACCAUCCAACACUGGACUAUUUGGAAAUUGCGCUUCUCUUGCCCUCCGCAAUGUGCCAAACCUGCAGAUGCUACCUUGUCUUCCACUAGGCCUUAAAAUAUUAGUAGUAGAGAAAUGCCCACUGCUUAUAUUUAUCUCCAACAAUGGGCUGGGAUAUCUUGAUCAGAGGGAGAAUAUCAUGAGGACAGACCACUUGGCAUCACAACUUGGUUUAAUCUGGGGGGUGGGUUCAGGAUCAUAUAUGAGGAAUGCGUUCUCAUCUGAACAUUCAGUUCUGAAGCAGCUGAUGAUAUCAAUGCAUGCUGAUGUGUCACAUGUUCAGAACCUUGAAAGUGCUCUAGAAAGAGAGAAAGACGAAGUGUUGGUAAAAGAGGAUAUCAUCAAGGCAUGGAUAUACUGUCAUGAGCGGAGGAUGGGACUCAAGCAUGGAAGGAGCAUUGAGCCGCUGCUGACUCCACCAGCAGGACUUCAUGAACUCACUCUUUCUUCAUGCUAUAUUACGGAUGGAGCUUUAGCUGUUUGCCUUGAUGGCCUGGCUUCACUAGAAAAACUGUUCUUAGCAGAGAUUAUGACUUUAUCUACACUUCCUUCAGAAGAGGUCUUCCAACGUUUGGCAAAACUUGACCGCUUGGACAUCAAACAUUGCUGGUGUCUCAGGUCAUUAGGGGGCUUACGAGCUGCCACCUCUCUUUCAUGUCUCAUUUUGAAUUAUUGCCCUUCUUUAGAGUUGGCAGAUGGAGCAGAAUGCUUGCCAUUAUGCCUUCAAAGAUUAAGUAUAACUGGUUGCGUGCUUGCACCUGACUUCCUCUGCGGUGACUGGCCACACAUGGAUCGUAUUUUCAUAUCCUACUGUAGAAGCACCGCAUGCUUGUCUGUUGGUAAUCUCACCUCCGUUGAAUCACUCUACAUGUAUUACUUGCCAGAUCUAUGUACACUCGAAGGAUUGUCUUCCUUGCAUCUUAAAGAUGUACAUUUGAUUGACGUUCCGAAACUCACCCCCGAGUGUAUCUCACAGUUUCGAGUCAAGAAGUCACUCUAUGUUAGUAGCUCUGCUAUACUCAACAAAAUGCUUGCGGCUGAAGAUUUCACAGUUCCACCAUUUCUCUGUUUUGAAGCAUGCAAGGAACCAUUCAUUUCACUAGAAGAAUCUGCAUAUAUCACUUCUGUCAAGAUCCUGUGCUUCUUUAACUGUGAACUGAUUUCCCUGCCAACAAAUCUGAAGUGUUUCUCCAAUCUGAAGGAUCUACAUAUCUCUAACUGCCCUAACAUAUCAUCUUUACCAGAUUUGCCAUCCUGCCUCCAGCGCAUUUUCUUAACGGGUUGUGGUGAGCUCUUGAAGGAGAGUUGCCGACAACCUGAUGGAAAAAGUUGGCCAAAGAUCGCGCAUAUGCGCAUCAAGGAAAUUAGUUCAACCGUGAUUUAGAUUUCCACCUACAAAUAAAUGGAAUGCAGGCCCAAGAUGUGUGCCUGUUAUGGGGUGGAGUUCCUUAUGCUGGCUCAUCUUACAAUUGAACUAUGUUUCCUACUUCAUCGGCUGGUGCUGAUUGGUCCUCCUUCUUUGGCCAAUUGCCUCAUGAUGACGAGGUGCAUUGGCCUUAAGAGUUGGAAGCUACUAUGGCAAGGCUGGUAAUUAUGCAACAUGGGCACCAGUCUAUUAUGUAUGUCAAUUUAUCAUGACUGAUGCGUGCACUUUAAUGUAUUCAUCCUCCAGUAGAUAACUGUUGUUUAGCUGUUUUCUGUUUGUAUGAGAGGCAAGUAGCGGUGUCCGUGCUCUGUUUUGCUGGUGCUACCACUGAAAUGCAUCACUGUAUGUUUUGCAAGUAGCGGUACCAUGACUUGCUCGCAACAUUUGCUCCAGCUUGUUGCUUAGCUCUGAUACUACUUUUCAAGUUUUGUAUAUGUUGUCAUCCCAAAGUUUGUUACGACGCUGCCUACGUGUUGUUGGCCUAAUUCGGAGGUUCUCUGUAUAUCUCUCUCUUUCUCUCUUGUUAGCCCAAUGGCACGACUUGACUGAAAUGCACUUACUUUGUAUCCAGCGGCUGUGCUGGUCGAGUCCAAUGGCUAAGUUG